AAGUCGGGCCUUGGGUGGAGGGGAGCAGAACAGAGUAAUCGUAACGUGACGCUAACGCCAUGGCUCGUCACGUACACUAGUCAGUUUCGGUUGUGCUCCCGUAGUAAAGCGGUGUGACGUCACGGUAAGAGCCCCAGUCGCGAUCAAGAAUCACGCGCUAGUAGUUCGGUGGUAAUAAUAAAGGCGCGAUCUCGUCUCUUGCUUCUCUCUCCCUCUCUCUCUCGCGCGAUUCUCGGUUGGCCUUUUUGUUGCCUGGCGCACUUGGUAUUUCCUAUUUUGGAGAGCGGUGACGAGAAGAGCAGCCGUCGUCUCGUCGUUUGACGGGCGCAAGGCGCAGCGCAUAAGGUUUGAAGCGCGCGCCAAGGACGUGCGACGACGAGCCCCGUCGCCAUGAAGUUCCAGUAUAAGGAGGAGCACUCCUUCGAGAGGAGGAAGAUCGAGGGCGAGAAGAUACGGAGGAAGUAUCCGGAUCGGGUGCCCGUUAUAGUUGAGAAGGCUCCAAAAGCGAAAAUCAGUGACUUAGACAAGCAAAAGUUUCUGGUACCCUCGGACCUCACCGUCGGUCAAUUCUACUUCUUGAUUCGCAAGCGAAUUCAUCUUCGCGCCGAGGACGCGCUAUUCUUUUUCGUCAAUAAUAUUAUUCCGCCAACCAGUGCGACAAUGGGAUCGCUCUACCAGGAACACCACGAAGAAGACUUCUUUCUGUAUAUUGCGUACAGCGACGAAAACGUGUACGGGCAUUAAUAUUCGAAGAAAAUAAAUUCUUGCAAUUAAAAUCGAUUGACAGCAACUUAACAAAUAAAGGUCUACUAUCAACACUGUAGUCUUUAUAGACGCUUGAGAUGGAAUUAAAAAAAUUGCUAUCGGUUAAAGCGUUAAAAUUUUCAAACGUUAUGUAUUAAUUUAGCUUGUUUUAUCAAAAUAAGCAUUUUAGUAAUUAUUUUUUGUUCGUAAUUGACGUGUAUGCUCUCGAGUUUUUGAGUUAUGCCGCGUUUGAAAACAUAGAGGAUAAUUAAGCGUGUGAAGUGAAAAUAAGAGAAAAUAAACCGAGUAAAUGAACUUUAGUUGUCCGCAAUGAUUUAUUGACAUUGUAAAAAAGAAUAGAAAAAAAAAAGAAAAAAUGAGAAAUGUGUCGAUAUA